AUGGAAGAAGACGUCAACAAUCAGUUGCCCUUCCUCGACGUCCAAGUUACAAAACUAACAGACGGGAAGAUAAGGACAACGGUCUACCGUAAGGCAACCAACACCUGGCUCAUUCUUCACUUCCAAAGCAACCACCCUGCUGGUCACAAACGCAGUUGUGUCAAAACCCUCUUCCGACGUAUUCAAACACAUUGUACCGACGACAGUGGGAAGCAAGAGGAGAUUAAGUACUUACAUGUCCUUUUCAAGGCCAACGGUUAUCCGAAGUCCUUCAUCAGAAAGUGCCUCAAGAAACCUCGCGUUCAUCGGUCGAGCGAAUAA